AAGAAAAGGUUGUAGCAUACAACUGCCUAUAGGUGAUUGGUUCUCUUUAAAAUUUAGUCCUAUUAGGACCUCUAUCUGUUACUUAUGGUCUAUGAAUGUAGAGCAAUAUCAAGAGGCAUUCCCCUACAGUUUGAUAUGUUAUAAACUAAAAGCAUGGUACAAGGCUUAUAGCCAUGACACCAUUGUCCUGGCUGGAGCUGAGUAUGGAAGUGGAAGCUCUCAAGAUUGGGUUGCCAAGGUUCCAAUGUUGUUGAGAAUUUUCGAGCACUUUGCACAGAUACGUCAAUGGAAACAUUGGGAGGAUUAUAUUAAGAAAGAUAAAUAUGAUCAAGACAAGGGUGGCAAUAUUUGUGCAGUUGUGAAUAAGAAGGUGACUCAUGUGCAUCAGCAUGCUUUUAUCAGGGAACAUUUUCUUGGAAUUGGGUUUUGUUCAAACAUUCUGAGUUGGCUGGGUCAUAAUGUUGUGUUGAUCUCCAACCAUCAGACAGAAGCUAAACCAAUGAUAAUUGCCUUGUUGCUUGAGACAUCACACCCUCAUGUUGCUGAGAAGAUGACCUAUGUUGCUGGAAAUAGGAUUGUGACAGAUCCUGUUUGCAAGCCCUUCAGCAUGGGAAGAAAUAUUGUCUGUGUAUAUUCAAAGAAGCACAUGCAUGACAUUCCUGAGCUUGCUGAGAUGAAAAAGAAAGCCAAUACCCUGAGUCUUAAGGAAAUGGCUCUGCUUUUAAGGUAUAGGUGGACUGGUAGAUAUGAAGCCCAUCUAUGGGACAACAGCUGCAAAGAAGGCUAGACUAGAAAAGGAAGGCAAGGUUGGUAAAACAAUAGGGGGAUAGUUUCAUAUCUGAAGGCCAGACUAGAAAAGAAGGAUUUGCAGCAGAUGUCAUAUCUGACGGCAGUGAUCAUUCUAGAAAAAAGCAAGGAAUCAUUGGAUUAUAGAAGCUUGGAAAUAAAAUGUUGAAUUGAAAUUGGAAAUUGAAAUUGAAAUUGAAAUGUGUAGCAGAAAAGAAGGAAAAGAUUGUGUGUGAAUCAUUCUA